GGCAUGCGGAGAUCCCUCGGUCCACCACUCUCGAAUCCAACCAACAUCCUCGAAGUUCGCCUCUUACCAACUAACCAAACCCCAUUGUCACGAUCACAGUCAGACAGAGUAUUAUGGACAAUCAUUUAAAGGCCAUGUUUGGUCCUCAAGUCUCCAUGUCCAGAAGAUCUAGGCUAUUACUAUUGACCGAGCUUGGUUGAUACUAUCGAUUACAUAUAACUCUAUAGUAUACAAACAGAGCACGGAGUUAUCACGAGAUAUAUAUAAUGGAGGACCAAGGACGAGGUAAAGGGGCCUACGUCCCAGCAGAAUACAGCCAUGGCUAUUCGGAGGAUAUCGACGUCAUUCGGGACCGGGAGUAUCCUUUGCUCAAAGAUACGACCUAUCUGGACCAUGCGGGUACUACGUUAUAUCCCAAGUCGUUGAUCGAGUCCUUCUCCCACGAUCUUACGGCGAAUCUCUUCGGGAAUCCUCAUUCGAUGUCGCCCUCGUCUCAGCUUUCUACGCACCGUAUUGAUGACAUUCGUCUGCGUGCGCUGCGGUUUUUUAACGCGGAUCCGGAGGAGUUUGACUUGGUGUUUGUGGCGAAUGCUACGGCUGCUAUUAAGCUUGUUGCUGAUUCGCUGAGGGAUUCGACGCCUCAGGGUUUCUGGUAUGGAUAUCAUCUCGAUGCGCAUACGAGUUUGGUGGGUGUGCGCGAGUUGGCGGAUAUGGGGAAUAGAUGUUUUAUCACGGAUGGGGAGGUCGAUACGUGGAUUUCGGAGUUGAAUACUUUCCAGGCGAAGACGCCAAAACUGUUUGCGUAUCCGGCGCAGUCGAAUGGGAAUGGCCGGCGGUUACCUUUUCGAUGGUGUGAGGAGAUACGGAGGGCUAGUGGAGGCGAUGCAAAUGUAUACACCCUUCUCGAUGCUGCAUCAUUCGUCUCGACCGCUCCGCUUGAUCUAAGUGAUUCGACCAAUGCGCCGGACUUCACGGCACUCAGCUUCUACAAGAUCUUUGGAUUCCCUGAUCUCGGGGCGUUGGUUGUUCGGAAGAGUGCUGGCCAUGUCUUUUCACAUCGCAGGUUUUUUGGAGGCGGCACGGUGGAUAUGGUCCUGACAGCGGGGAUUCAGUGGCAUGCGGAGAAGGAAUCUUCGAUUCAUGACCGUUUGGAAGAUGGGACUCUCCCGUUCCAUUCCAUCAUCGCAUUGGACUCUGCAUUCGACAUCCAUAGCCGGCUCUAUGGUACUAUGACCAACGUCUCCUCUCAUACUCGCUUCCUGGCAAAACAGUUGUAUGACCGCUUGUUCUCGUUAGCGCACCCGAACGGCGUGAGGGUUUGUCGGUUCUACAAAUCGCCUGCAUCGACCUACGACGAUCCAUCCACGCAAGGCCCAAUCGUUUCUUUCAAUCUGCGCAACAGUCAGGGCCGAUGGGUUGGCAAGACCGAAGUAGAACGACUGGCUACCGUGAAGGAUAUCCAGAUUCGAUCUGGAUCGCUUUGUAACCCUGGAGGCACGGCACAUAGUCUCGGCUGGACCGGGACGGAUUUGCGGCGCCAGUAUUCCUCUGGUCUGCGCUGUGGUGAUGAUCACGACGUGAUGGAUGGACGACCGACGGGGAUGCUGAGGGUUAGUCUCGGCGCGAUGACGAAUAUGGGAGAUAUUGACACGAUCGCUGGGUUCAUUGAGGAGUUUUAUGUCGACAAGGCUAUCGACAUCAGCGUCCCGUUCCCUAUUCCUGGUGUUAGCCCGCCACAGCAGACCGGUUUCUACGUCGAGAGCCUCUCAGUAUACCCCAUCAAGAGCUGCGGUGCUUUCAAAAUCCCAGAUGGAAAACGUUGGGAAAUCAGACGUGAAGGUCUUGCAUGGGAUCGAGAAUGGUGUCUCGUACACCAAGGCACAGGCGCAACGCUCAGCCAGAAGAAAUACCCGCGCAUGGCCCUCAUCCGACCCUUCAUCGAUCUUGAGCGUGGCGUCCUUCAAAUAACCUGCGGCGGCAUGGCCUCACCAGGCCGAAAGACCCUAGAGGUGUCUCUCUUCCGCGACGACACGAAUCUAGUCUGCACAUCAUUAUGCCAAAGCUCAAAGAAAUCCUCCACCGUCUGCGGAGACCAGGUAGUCGUGCAGGCCUAUUCCUCGCCAGAAGUAUCCUCCUUCUUCUCCGACUUCCUAGGUGCCCCAUGCACACUCGCCCGUUUCCCGCCUCAAUCGUCGAACCACCGAUACCCCAGAUCGAGUCGUUUCUCUAGCACCAGCUUGAAACAAGCGUUUAAGAAAUUCAUCAUGCCAGGCUCUUUCCCCCCAGACAGCCUAUCAGCACCAGAAAACAACAACCCGAUCCUCCUCUCCAACGAAAGCCCCAUCCUCCUCAUCUCCCGCUCCUCCGUAAACCGCCUUAACGAAACCAUCAAAGCAAACGCCAUAAAAGACGCCCACGGAAACCCCAUAACACCAACCAACAAACCCCGAAAAGUAGUUGCAGCAGACGUCUUCCGCAGUAACAUCGUCGUCGCCGAAGACGUUUCUCAACCCCGCAAUGCCGAACAGCCGUACAUCGAGGAUAACUGGUCCUCUCUGAGAAUCGGACCGGGUCAGCUCCGUUUCGAUGUUAUGGGUUCUUGUCAGCGGUGUCAGAUGGUGUGCAUUGAUCAGAUGACGGGGGUGAAGGGGGAUGAGCCGUUGUCGACGCUGGCGAAGACGAGGAAGGUUGGUGGGAAGACUUAUUUUGGGAGACAUGUUUGUUUGUCUUCUGGGGAGAUGGGUGAUAUGGGUGAGGGGGGUGGGGAUGGGGAGGGGAGGAGGACGGUUAUGGUUGGGGAUAGGGUUGUUCCUGUGUAUGAUAGGCAUGAGUGAUUUCUUUUCUUCUCUCAUUUUUGAAUGGGUCAUAUAUAUGAAUUGGACAUAGCGUUUCUCAAUACCAGGACAUAGCAUGAACGUGCGCGCAUUUUUCUGUCAUAUCUAUUUGUACAAUAUGUGAGAUGAAAAAAAGUAAACGAAUAACUCCUAUCCCAGACCAUACAGAUUCGUACAAAGCUCCCCAACCCGUUUAAACGAGUCGAAACCUAGAGAAAACCUCCAUCCAGACUGACACUCCGAUAGAAACCCAAGGCCAAUGCCUUUACCGUCUGGGCCACUGCUUCCAGCCACGACCGUGUCCUCUCUG